AUGAUCCGCUUAAGAGGGUUGCGUCCCUCUGAUUUAUCUCACUUCCUCUUGUUUGUGUGCAAGAGGGAAGCUGUUGAGAUCAUUUCCAGAGUUCUUGCUGUUUCUAAAUUAGUAUUCCUAACUGUCUCUAGACAAAAACAAAUUAAAAUAAGAAACUUUUUUCUUUCAGCAAAGAAAAAGAAGCCUAAACUUUUAAAUAAAUUUGAUAAGACUAUUAAAGCUGAACUUGAUGCUGCAGAAAAGCUCCGUAAAAGGGGAAAAAUUGAGGAAGCAGUGAAUGCAUUUGAAGAACUAGUACGCAAAUACCCUCAAAGUCCACGAGCAAGAUACGGGAAAGCACAGUGUGAAGAUGAUUUGGCCGAGAAGAGGAGAAGCAAUGAGAUUCUUCGCAGGGCUAUUGAGACCUACGAAGAGGUGGCCAGCCUUCCUGACGUCCCCACAGACCUGGUGAGGCUGAGUUUGAAGCGGCGGUCAGAACGACAGCAAUUUCUAGGUCACAUGAGAGGUUCUUUGCUUACCCUACAGAAAUUAGUUCAACUGUUUCCCACUGAUACUUCCUUGAAGAAUGACCUUGGAGUGGCAUACCUCUUGAUGGGAGACAAUGACAAUGCCAAGAAGGUAUAUGAAGAGGUUCUAAAUGUGACACCUAAUGAUGGCUUUGCUAAAGUGCAUUACGGCUUCAUCCUGAAGGCACAGAACAAGAUUGCUGAGAGCAUUCCCUAUUUAAAGGAAGGAAUAGAAUCUGGGGAUCCUGGCACUGAUGAUGGGCGAUUUUAUUUCCAUCUGGGGGAUGCCAUGCAGAGAGUUGGAAACAAAGAGGCAUAUAAGUGGUAUGAGCUUGGGCACAAGAGGGGACAUUUUGCAUCUGUCUGGCAGCGCUCCCUCUACAACGUUAAUGGACUGAAAGCUCAGCCGUGGUGGACACCCAGGGAAACAGGCUACACAGAAUUAGUAAAGUCUUUAGAAAGGAACUGGAAGUUAAUCCGUGAUGAAGGCCUUGCAGUGAUGGAUGAAGCCAAAGGUCUCUUCCUGCCUGAAGAUGAAAACCUGAGGGAGAAGGGAGACUGGAGCCAGUUUACACUGUGGCAGCAAGGAAGAAAAAAUGAAAAUGCUUGUAAAGGAGCUCCUAAAACCUGCACUUUACUAGAAAAGUUCCCCGAGACAACAGGAUGCAGAAGAGGACAGAUCAAAUAUUCCAUCAUGCACCCUGGAACUCACGUGUGGCCGCACACGGGACCUACAAACUGCAGGCUCCGAAUGCACCUGGGUUUAGUGAUUCCCAAGGAAGGUUGCAAGAUCCGAUGUGCCAAUGAGACCAAGACAUGGGAAGAAGGCAAGGUGCUCAUCUUUGAUGACUCCUUUGAGCAUGAAGUGUGGCAGGAUGCCUCAUCUUUCCGGCUGAUAUUCAUCGUGGAUGUGUGGCACCCUGAGCUGACAUCCCAGCAGAGACGCAGCCUUCCUGCAAUUUAGCAGGAAUUCGUGCAAACUUGGGACACUCUCAAAAGAGGCUGCCUUUCUGGUUCUCUUUGGGUGUUGAGAUAGAAGUUAAAACACCAUGGUUCUUAAUUCUCUUGACUUGCAGCCCAAAAAAUUCUGAGUUUCCUUCUAGGUUAGAAGACACUAAAGGGAGUAUAUGCCUCGCUGCAUUUCAUUUAGAAAGCGCCCUGCUGUGUAUCACCCCGUGACAGCACUGAUCUGACAGCCAUAUUUAAGGUGAACACUUGAUUGCUCCUACCUUGCCAGCCAAAGAUAUUUUUUCCGCAUAGAAUAGGGUCUCAGUCAAUAUAUAAAGAGAGUAUGUGUAGAAACUGUAAAUGGAUUGCUGUAGUUUGUAAUUUUAUGCAGUUAUAUUUUUCUAAGAUAGCUAACCUAUUUUGUCAUCAUGUACCACUACUUUUCUGUUGCCUUUAAUGAUAAGCUGUGUAAAUGCUUUUCUUUUAGCCAUUUAAUAGUAACUUUCCUGGCAAACGCAAACUUUUCUGUUAAUUCUUUUUAGUAAGCAACACUUGUGAAAAAGGCCAUUUUAUUUUCUGAAUAUAAAAGAGAAAAAUGUAGUUAUGCCAGCAUCUAUGAACUCUACUGACCCUUACCCAUGAGUCUGUUUACCUUUUUUUAAUCUUAAAGAUCCAGUGUUUUCUCUUACUGCUGUGCUAAUGAUAGAGAUACUGUCAAACUCUUAUUUCUUUCUAAGAGGAACUUUUUUACACAAAAGGAUAUGGAAUCAUUUUAUAUUAUGAUGCCAUAAUAUUGAAAUUUUUUCAAUGCCAAGUAUUAGGGCUCAGUGGGGAGCCUAUAAAAUUUGUGGAAGUAAAAAUUCUCUCUAGGUAGGGAUUAGAUGAAUAGGCAGGUACUAGGGCAUGGGUCUUCUGGCCGCUUUGACAUCUGUGACACAGGGCCUGAGACUCUACAGUGCCUAUUGCAGAUGCAUUUGAGUGGCAAGAAGAUAGCCCUUUGCUCCUUGAGACAGUUCUCAUCACAGUUAUGUAAGUAUGUGAAGAGGAGGGUAGAUGGUCCCUGGGAAUGCUAAGAUCUUUGUCCUUGGUGUGGGGUCAA